GCACAGCGCGGAGCUAUCGAUAGACACAGUUAUCGUAAGCAUGAGGAGCUUUAUUUGUUGCUGCACAACAAUCCGAAAUCUUUAGUAAAACCUAUAAGGAUCAAUAUCCAACAGAAUGGCAGACACCGCCAGCAGUGACGACGAGUUCCAGGACGCGAUCGGCGAGGAGAUAACCGAAAAAGAAGCCACCAGCACGCGACAGAGCGAAAAGGAUGUGGAUGAGAUCGUGGAGAAGCAAAACCAGCUGGCGUUGGAUGACGAAGCGGAGCAGGGCGCGGCUGGCGGAGAUUCCAUUGCGACACCACUGACUGUGGACUCUGAGCUUACCAUUGAAGAGUUGCGCGAACGGGAGAAGGAUCUCAGCCCAGAGCAGCUGACAGCUAACAAAGAAAAGGCCAAUAAGCUGAAAGUUGAGGGCAAUGAAUUGUUCAAGAACGACGAUGCCGAAGGCGCCGCCAAGAUCUACACAGAAGCCCUGGACAUUUGCCCGUCGGCUAGCACGAAGGAGCGAGCAGUGCUGUACGGAAACAGGGCUGCUGCCAAGAUUAAGCUGGAGGCCAACAAAGCAGCCAUCGACGACUGCACAAAGGCCAUCGAACUGUGGCCGGACUAUGUGAGGGCGCUUCUGAGGCGUGCCAAGCUUUAUGAACAAGACGACAAGACAGACGAGGCUCUGGAGGACUACAAAAAAGUUACUGAGAUCGAUCCCGGCCAGCAGGAGGCUCGCGAAGCUCAGGUUCGCCUGCCGCCCAUUAUUAACGAGCGCAACGAAAAGCUCAAAAACGAAAUGAUGUCCAACUUAAAGGACCUGGGCAACAUGAUACUCAAACCGUUCGGGCUGUCUACACAGAAUUUCCAAAUGCAACAGGAUCCUAACACGGGCUCGUAUUCCAUAAACUUCAACCAAAAACCUAGCUAGUUAAUGCUCUUCAGAAGAAGAAAUAAAGCUGUACUCGAAGAUGAUGUGUAAAAUAACAGUUACAUUUUACACCUCAGUAGAAGAUAAAAUGCGUAUGCAUUUUACGUACAAUCAAGGUACUAAAAUGUUUGAGGUGAUAAGAAAUU